AUCUCAUCCACCUAUUUUGUUCUGAUGUCUUUCCCAGGACCUUUUGGGGCAGAACAGCUUCACUGACGAACAAUCACACACCCAUCUUUGACCAUGAGCUGCCCUGAGUCUCAAAAGACGGGGAUGAGUGGGAAGAAUGCGAAUUCUCCUCAUAAACAAGUUAUCUUCAAAAAAAGCACCCGUGAUAAAGCUCUGACCAUCUACCUGGGAAAGCGGGACUUCAUUGACAACGUAGGGAACGUGGAACCUGUAGAUGGUGUUGUGUUGGUUGAUCCUGCAAUGAUCAAGGGGAAAAAAGUGUACGUGUCCCUGACCUGUGCUUUCCGGUAUGGCCAGGAAGACAUUGAUGUGAUUGGCCUCACCUUCCGACGGGACCUGUUCUUCUCUAGGGUCCAAGUGUAUCCGCCUGCUGACAAGCCAGACUCUCUCUCCCACUUGCAGGAAUCUUUGCUAAAGAAGCUGGGGAAAAAUGCUUAUCCCUUUUUCUUUACGUUUCCAGAUUACCUGCCUUGUUCAGUCUGCCUGCAGCCUGCACCUCGUGACGUUGAUAAGACCUGUGGGGUGGACUUCGAGGUGAAAGCUUUCUCAACAGAGAAUGUGGAAGAGAGAAUUCAUAAGAGGAACUCUGCACGCCUGCUGAUCCGUAAGGUGCAAUAUGCUCCAGAAAAGCCAGGACCCCAACCUUGUGCAGAGACCACCUGGCAGUUCUUCAUGUCCAACAAGCCAUUACACUUGAAAGCCUGCCUCAGUAAAGAGGUGUACUACCAUGGCGAGCCCAUUCCAGUCACUGUCACCAUCAACAACAGCACAGAUAAAACAGUGAAGAAGAUCAAAGUCCAGGUGGAGCAGGUUGCCAAUGUGGUUUUGUACUCCAGUGACUACUAUACCAAAGUGGUAGCUGCUGAGGAAGUACAGGAAAAGGUGCAGCCAAACAGCAGCCUGACCAAGACACUGACGCUUUUGCCCUUGCUAGCAAACAACCGGCAGACCCGGGAAAUAGCUCUGGAUGGAAAGCUAAAGGAUGAGGACACCAACUUGGCUUCCAGUACUAUUAUUAAGGAUGGAAUAGACAAGACAGUGAUGGGGAUUCUGGUUUCCUACAAGGUCAAAGUGAAGCUCACUGUUCCAGGCAUGCUGGGAGACCUCACCUCUAGUGAAGUGGGAACAGAACUGCCGUUUCGUCUCAUGCACCCCAAACCUGAGGAAAAGAGCCCAGCAGUGAAGCAGAGCUGGUAUUUGAGGAUUUUGCUCGUCAACAGCUAA